UCUCGAGUAGCACCACAAGAGCUGCUUCGAUAUUUCGAGUCUCUAGGGUUUCUCUUUCUUAUUCUUCUUCCUCUUUUCUCUAAUGGCGGAAGAAUCGCAGUACGAAACCACAACCACUCCUCCUUCGUUGAAACGCAAGUACGACGACCAACCACCGCCGUCCUCGGGCCGCGUCACCGGAUUCUCCGAUGGCCCGCCUCCGCCUUCCUACAACAACGUCCCUCCGCCAGACCCCUCCGGCAUCGAGCUCGCCAAGCUCCGGGCACAGGAGGUCGCCGCCCGCCUCCUCAGCGGCGCCCCUCCACCCGCUGCUGCCGGAGCUCUCGACGCCAAGCGUCCAAAGGUCGAUAACGGCGCUCCUCACUCCGGUUUCGAUUCCGUUGCUGAUGUGAAGUCUCAGUACUCGGCACCUUCGAUUUCUCCAUCUUCGGUUUCUUAUGGGCAUCAGGGUGCAAGCAAGAAAAUUGAUAUCCCCAAUGGAAGGGUUGGUGUUAUUAUUGGCAAGGGUGGAGAGACCAUCAAGUACCUUCAGCUCCAAUCUGGGGCGAAAAUUCAGGUUACCCGUGAUAUGGAUGCUGACCCCAAUUCAAACACCAGGACAGUUGAGCUUAUGGGUACUCCUGAAGCAAUUUCUGCUGCUGAGAGGCUUAUCAAUGAAGUUCUUGCAGAGGCUGAAGCUGGAGGUUCUGGCAUUGUAGCUCGACGAGUAUCUGGGCAAGCUGGGUCUGAUGAAUUUUCCAUGAAGAUCCCAAAUAAUAAGGUUGGUCUUGUUAUUGGUAAAGGUGGGGAAACAAUAAAGAAUAUGCAAGCUUCCACUGGAGCAAGAAUACAGGUGAUUCCUCUUCAUCUUCCCCCAGGUGACACAUCCACGGAAAGAACAGUAAAAAUUGAAGGGAACCCUGAACAAAUUGAGUCUGCAAAACAAUUGGUUAAUCAAGUCAUCAGUGGCGAGAAUCGUCUUAGAAAUCCAUCAAUGUCUGGUGGUUAUUCUCAGCAAGGUUACCAAGCCCGGCCACCAUCUAGCUGGGCUCCUCCUGGUGCUCCAAUGCAACAACCUGGUUAUGGCUACGUGCAGCCUGGAGGCUACUCUGGUCAAUCGCAGCAGUAUCCACCUUAUGCAGGCUAUCCUCCCACUUCAGCUGGUGGAUACUCCACCAAUUGGGACCAAUCUGCUGCACCACCACCCCAGCAGUCUACUCAUGGUGCUGGGUAUGAUUACUAUGGUCAGCAGCAGCAAAACCCUGGAGGUGCACCUCCUGCUGAUGGCAGUGCUUACAACUAUAGUCAACCACCUUCCUCUGGUUAUAGCCAACCUGGACAUGGCUACGGUCACGAUGGGUAUGGUGGGUAUCAGGCACCACCACAAUCAGGGUAUGGGCAGCCACCAUCAUAUGAUCAACAGCAAGGUUAUGGCUCGGCCCCUAGCUAUGGCAGUGGAAGCAACACAGCACAAGAGGGUCAUGCUCCUAAUUAUGGAUCACAUGGUGAUUCAACCCAAGUUCCACCUGGGCAACCCCCUUCAACGACUCAGCAAGGUUAUGGUUCUGGCCAACAGCCAAGUCCAAAUGCUGCCAACUAUCCUCCACAAGGUACUGCUCAGCCCGGUUAUGGGGCUCCCCCAACCUCCCAAGCUGCCUAUGGCAAUCCGCCCCAAGCAGGUUAUGGAGGUGGUUAUGGUCCCCCACAAUCACAAAAGCCAGGCAGCACUCCACCUGUUUAUGGACAGUCACAGUCACCUAAUACGGCUGCAGGCUAUGGUCAGUCUGGCCAUAUGCAAUCAGGGUAUCCCCCUGCCCAGCCUCCGCCUUCUGGAUAUGGCCAACAAGAACCGGGUUCUCAAAGGGCUCCACCGUCUGGUUAUGGUGGUGCCCAACCAGGGUAUGGUGCCCCAUCAUAUGGUGCUCCGGGUGGUCAACCUGGGUAUGGUCAAGCUCCACCAUCAUACAACAGUUCUUACGGUGCUGGUUACACUCAGCCUCCAGCAUAUUCUGGUGAUGGAGCAGCAGCACAAACUGCUCAGCAGGGUAGUGUUCCAAAAUCUUCACCGCAGAGUUGAUUUUGUAGUUCAAUUUAGAUUUAUGAAUUACUAUCUACAGUGUGUGUUGUAGUGCGACUUCUGCAAAGGUAUCGCAUUGAGAUAAUAUUCCAACAUUGUGGCCUUAAUUUGUUUUUGAUAUUGAAGUUCCGAAACUUGACGAGUU